AAAAAAACCAAUUGCAUAUUUCUUCCGAAAAACAGAUACGUCGUCGUUUUUAUGGACAAAGGGUUUUCUGCUGCGCCCUCCACUUCCAAGUUUGGUAGCUCAAAAAUCCGAUCUUGAAAGCGAAAGAGAGAAAAACAUAUGAAGAGGAAGAGAGAAGAGAAGAACAUGGAAAUUGUGUGGCAAACCCCAGUGAACCCACCAGAGCGUCAAGAUUACAUCUUUCGCAACGGGAGGCGCCACGUAAGACCGUACUACUUCGAGUUCAUCUCUCAUGUGAAGAAUCGGUGGGCUGGAAAGAGCAUUGUGGAUUUGUUUGCCCAAGAGUUUAAAGGCCGACCUUAUGAUUACUAUGUUGAUGCUGUCAAAUGUGGAAGGAUACAAGUUGACGGACAAAUGGUGCCGGUUUCCUAUAUAGUUAAGUCAUCACAGAAGAUAAGCCACUUUUUGCACAGGCAUGAACCACCGGUGAUGGCUUGGGAUGUCAAAAUUCUCCGGAAAGAGCCGGAUGUGCUGACUGUUUGUAAACCUGCUUCUGUUCCGGUGCAUCCAUGUGGUCAGUAUCGUAAGAACACCAUUGUUGGCAUCCUUCAGGCGGAGUAUGGCUUAGCACCUUUAUUCCCUGUUCAUCGGUUAGAUCGUCUAGUCUCAGGACUCCUUAUCUUGGCCAGAAAUGCUUCAAAAGCUGAUAUUUUUAGGCAAGAGAUUGAGGCAGGGAAGGUGCACAAACAGUAUGUUGCAAGAGUCAUUGGGGUUUUUCCUGAACAUGAGCAAGUUGUAAAUGUUAACAUAGAUUAUAAUGCUCGAGAAGGAAGGAGCACAGCAGAGGUUGGCAAUUCUUGUGGUGAUACUUCCAUAAAGGGGAAGGCUGCUUGUACCAAGUUCACUAGAAUUAGUACCGAUGGUAUCCAUAGCAUUGUCUUGUGCGAGCCAGUCACUGGCCGAACACACCAAAUACGUGUCCAUUUGCAAUAUGCAGGCCAUCCAAUAGCCAAUGACAUGCUUUACCUAUCCAAACAUGUAACUGAUCGUUCCACUCAAGGAGUGAGCGCUGAUAAAGCUGCUGUGUGUUCAGGCCAUUCUCCGUCAUCUGGUUUUGAUCAAAAUUCUUCCGAUGCAAAUGGAGGAAAUUCCAUUGAAGAUUUCAGCAUUGAUCCCAUGUGUACAAACUGUCCAAAUUUAGCUCCAAAAGGGUAUGAUGGUCAUGAAGAGGGCCUGUGGCUCCAUUGUGUUCGAUAUUCUGGACCAGGAUGGAUUUAUGAAUGCCCAUAUCCAGAAUGGGCAACGCUUAGCUAGUUUGUACUUAUCCUCAUAUUUUAAAAUAUUUUUAUUUUAAGUCCAUAUCAGAAUGUACAUUCCUGUUCUGCAAAUUAAAGGGGGAAAAAAAGCAAAGAAGAUUAAGUGACUAAUAUUACAAAUUUCACUCAUCAUUUAAAAAAUGAUGAAAAAUGUUAUUAUUUGACU